GCCCCAUCCCUGGGAACAUUCAAGGCCAUGUUGGACGAGGCCCUGAGCAACUUGGUCAGAUUGAAACAAGAUCAUUUGUAGGGUCUGUCCCAAGUCAAACCAUUCAAGGAUUCCAUCAUUCCAUGAUCCCCAUCCCCACUGUAGAGUGGCCCCACAACUCCUGUGACAUCCCAGCUGCCAGAGCUGUGCCCGUGUUCCAUGUGGAACUGCCAGGGCCCGGCGACGAGCACAACGCAGCCAUUCCCCUGCUGCCAGCGAGCCCGGAGCAGCUCCCAGCGCACCCUCUGCCCUCACCAACAUUUUUUCCAAGAGUACCCUUCACCCUGCUCCCUGUGGACUGUCCCCACCUGCUCCCUGCUCUGUCCGUGAGUCCUGACUCUGCCUGCAGUCUGGGUCUUGUGAUCCAUCCCAGCAGGAUGUGCAGCCUUGUCCCAGUGAAGGUACAGUUGCCAAUCCAUGGAGGUGGGAAGCCUCUGACUGCCCAGGUGGUCUGGAGCUCAGUGGGGCUGGAGUGGGACAGGGCCCCCUCUCUGAGGUUGUGCUCCCUGCUGCAGGCUGAGAGAGACAGUGAAGAGCCAAUGGAAGUGGCCAUGGAGACAGAUAUGAAAGAUGAUGUAGAGGAGAUGGAGGUGGACAUGAAAGAGGAUGUAGAAGAGGAGAUGGAAGUAGAGGAGGAAGGACUGACGGACCUGCCGACCAUGGAAUCGGCCACCUGUACAUAUGUUUUUCACCCUUUUCCAAUUUUUCUGUAAAUACAUUUUUUAUUAGUGACUUUUUAAGAAGUUUGUUGUUUUUAUAAGAAGAUAGUUUAAGAAAAUAGAUUUUUAAUUAAGAAGAUAGUUUUUUAUUCAGACAAUAGAUUUUUAAGAAGAUAAGCUUCCUUUAUAAGAAGAUAGCUCUGUUCUAAGAAGAUAGUUGUUUUAUUUAGAAGAUAGUUGUUUUUAUUAAGAUGAUAUUUUUAUUAAGAAGACACUUGUUUCUAUUAAGAAG